AUGACAAUCAUUGAACUUGUGGCAUAUCUAAGUGAACGCAAAAAUAAAUCAUUUUGGAAUUUUCUUUCUUAUAAUCGAAGCAUUAUCGUUACUUCGUCAAAGUUAGUACCCUUAGAAAACUCGCGGGAGCUUGAUAACUCUUGGGCCGCACAUUUUUUGACAGAAGCAAGGAAUUUGAGAAUUACUGAAUGUAACGACUUGGUAAACACUACAAAAUCUUCUAUUCAGGCACUCUAUUUUUGUUAUUGUCUGUCUGGAAGAGGAAUAAACCAUGUCAAGAGGAACGUUCGCGAGAUGCGGCCAAUGUGGUAUCAUUCAGGAGCACAAGAAGAUUGGACCUUUCAAUUAUACGUAGCCGAAGGGGACCGUAUUUACUUUGCCCUCGCUGAAUUAAGUAAGAAUAUAAUAAUGAUAAGGACCGAGCUUGCUAGAAUUACUGAUAAAUGGGAAAAAGGGAAAAGUAAAAGGCCUGAGUCAACAUCGGAUAUUAGUGGAGACGUUGGUAACGACUUUAAUAAAGAAGAAGGCACAAAUAAUAGUGUCUCUUCUGGUGCAAGAACAAACUACAAAGUCCAACGAAAAAAUAAGAAAACACCACCCUUAACACGUGAAGUUAAUCCUCGAAAUAAAAGGCGGGUUAAUUAUAACGAGGGUUCUCCAUUGAGGAAGCGCUGUCCCACAAAUAUCCCUACCAUCAGUGUUGUACACGGACGUUGUCCCGGUGAUUUUUGGGACAGUUGGGACAUGGACCGAUAUUAG